AUGCGUGCCGUCCAAGUCAGCGAAUACGUCAAGGGCCCCCUGGACCUAAAAGUAACCGACGUCCCAACCCCAACCCCAGCAACAGACAAAUACCUAAUCGAAAUCCACUCGGCGGGCACAAACUUCUUCGACAUCCUCCAGAUCCAAGGCAAAUACCAACACCAACCACCAUUGCCGUGGAUCGGCGGCGCCGAAUUCGCCGGCACAAUCACCACUCUCCCAACCUCCUCCAAGAACCCGCGCUUCAAAGUCGGCGACCGCGUCUUCGGCGCUACACAGGGCGCCUAUGCGACUCACGUCCUCGCACCUGAGCACACCUUACUCCCCGUUCCAGCUGGAUGGAGCUUCGAAGAUGCGGCUGGGUUAUUCGUGACUGCGCCUACUUCUUAUGGGGGUCUUGUUCACCGUGCUGGGGUGAAGGCUGGCGAUUGGGUUCUUGUUCAUGCUGCUGCGGGUGGUGUCGGACUUGCUGCUGUGCAAAUUGCCAAGGCUAUGGGGGCGACUGUUGUUGCUACUGCUGGGACAGAGAGAAAGAGGCAGAUUGCGCGCGAGUUCGGCGCAGAUUACGUAAUUGAUUAUGGAAAUAAGGCUUGGCCGGAGGAGGUGAAGAAGUUGUGUAAGGAGAAGAGAAGUGGGAAUGGGGCUGCCGGUGUGGAUAUUGUUUAUGAUCCUGUUGGUAUGAUGGAGGCGAGUUUGAAGUGUGUUGCUUGGAAUGCGCGCUUGUUGGUUAUUGGGUUUGCGGCUGGGAAGAUUGAGAAGGUUGCGUUGAACCGUGUGCUGUUGAAGAAUGUUAGCUUGGUUGGGCUGCAUUGGGGACAGUAUGCCAAGUUUGAGACCGAAACUGUCGGUGAUGUUUGGAAGGGAAUCUUUGAUCUUGUUGCUCAAGGGAAGUUUAGGGGCACUGCGUUCAAGGAUGAGAGCUUUGUUGGGCUGGAGAGUGUGCCCAAGGCCUUGCAGGCGCUGGGUGGUCGGGAGACUUGGGGCAAGGUUGUUGUCAAUGUUGUUGGCAACGAGAAGGCGAAGAGCAGACUAUGA